GUGACGCGGGGCCGCCGCUGGGCGGGACCUGUCCGCGGCGGCGGUGAUCCCGCCCGGGCUGCGAGUGCUCCCCUUCCCCGCGGGAACGGCCGGGGCCGGGCUGCGGGCGGCUGCACGGCGCGACGGGCGGAGCGGGACAUGGCUUCCCCUCGGCGGGAAGCGCCGGGCUGUGAUGUCCUCGACAUUUCCAUUUCACUGCCUUUUAAAGGGCUUUCGGGUGGGUUGGUUGGUGGUGUGUUUUGCUUUGGUUUUUGUUUUUCUUGAGUAGAAGGCAUGGACAAGCAGAUCAGUUCUGUGGUUUUGGAAACAAGUUGUUGAGGCAUGAAAUCAAGACUAGUUUAAAUGCAGAAGAAACUACCACUUCAUAAUCGACUCUACACUUUGCUGAUCGAUAAUGCCAGUAGUGUUGUCUGUAUUCAAUAAGUUGCAGCUGUUGAUUACUGAUGCCUAAAGUUGCUUUGAUGUCUACCAGAAUAUCUUACUUGUAAAAGGAACAUCUAGGAUUUUAGUGCCAGAAAACUAUAGAGACACAGUUGGAACAUCAGCUUAAUGCUGUAAAUCAUAUUUCUACACAGUGUUUAUUAAUACAGUACCUUAUUCUUCUGGAGAUUCAGCAAAAUAUUGUCACAAGGUUAGGCUCUAUGCAGAAAAAUUAAUAUUGUUUGUGAGUUUUGAUAUUUAAAACCCCAAAUCUAUUCUCCAUACAGAUAUGUUUAGUUUCUUGGGUAACCAGCUGAGUCACCGUGUUAAAAGGUGUUUUCAGUCUAUUUUGUUUUGACAAGCAUAUCCAUCACAAAGCUCUGAACAAAGUAAGUAAAUGAAACUUGUGAACGAGGCUUUUUUUCUGUGUGUCAGUGUUGACUGACAUUGAUUUAUCAACUACUUUUGCAGUAGAGUUCAUACCCUAGAGGUACUGCCAGUUGUUCAUUAUUAUGAAUUAAUACGGAGCUAGUUACAGAUUUCUGCAUUUGCUGUAGGUGGAAUUUCUGCACAGUACUUAGUGAGGGCUGUUGUAAGAGCCCCAAAGAUUUUGUAAAAGCUGAACAAUUUCAAAUUGUGUUCAGAGUGUGACCAAUAUUUGAGAGGUGAAAUGAGACCUGUUUUACUCUGAUUCAGUGUGUUAACACUGUAAGUAAGGAUGGUGCUGAUCUUUGCAAACAUGCAGUUUUCUUUCCAUCCAAACCUUCCAAAUACCUGCCAAUUCUCUAAAAAAACUGUAAUGUCCAUCCUGAAAGGUCAGCUUUUCUUAGCAGAGUGUGGAUACAUAAAAAUGCCUAAAUGUUAUAAGUACUAGUUCUGAAUCCAUAGUGAAUGAAAAUGAGAGGUAGUGAGGUAAGGGAAUAUAAUGAAUGAAAAAUAAACACUUCACCUUGUUUUUUCUUCCCUUUGAAACCAGCAUGCACAGCUCCAUUAAUUGUUUUGGGGUUUUUUUUAACUAUCUUAAUCAUAACUUCAUCUGUUAUCCUCCACUUGCAGCAUUGUCACAUAAAUUCUUUUUAUUGCUCUCUCACUCUCGUCAUUCCUUUGAACUGUAUCUGUCCAGUGGCUAGGGAGAAUUUAACAAGGAGAACUCUAGGAUUGUGUGAGUGAAUAUGCAUGUAUAUCUGAUGUGUUGCCUUAUCCUCAGAAGAACCAUUAUAACGUAAAUAAACCAUUAGCAUCAAAAAGCCAGGUCCCAGAAUGCUGCUUGUCACACCUGGGAGCGCAUGCCCUGUGCAAUUCCCUGUGCAAAGCCCAUUGACCUGAACAGCAUCUUCAGCUGUAUUGCAAGCACCUGCCUAGGCAGUUUGUGCCUGUGCAUGGGCAGCACGUCAGUCAGCAUCACAAUCACAGUCUCCGGUUUGUUUUCAGGACAAAAACUGCCACAAGGCAAGGUGAUUCGGCAGCCUGCAUCCUCCCUGCCAGAGUGCCCUCAGAGGACUCUAGUGUGAUGCCUGCUCCCUAGUUUAAUGAUUUCACAAGCUCUACAAAAGCUAUUUAAGACAAUUUGGGGAAAAUUUGUGGUUUCUCCUUAAACAGAAACUUUCAUGAUGGUCCCACAGCAAAACUAGACUGCUAAAAGCUUUAAAAAAUGACUGCCUUAAGAUAGACUCAUGAUUAUAGUUCUUACAGCAUCAUCUAUGGCUGUAGUCUGUGGGUGAACUAUUUGCUUCGCUGCUAAAUGACAACAAUAAUUUCUAUUUCAGCAACAAACAAGUUGCUGUAACUGUCUGUGCCAAGAAGUUUAUCUCAAAUCCAUGGCUGCGCUGUCUUUUUUAUUUUCUUCUGAAUAGGAUGCUCAGUAGUGCUCCAUUUCGCACAGAUACCUAGACAGCAUGAUGGGAGGGGGACAGAGGAAAUGAGAAUGACUUCUUAGCAACCUGCAUAUUUGUGCAUAUACAGCUUUUCCUGAGACACGUGAGCUGCUGCUGCACCAAAAUCCUUAAUUUGAAACAUAUAGUUUAAGCCCUUUGGUAAACUGCUAGUUAAGUUACUCUGUCACUCUGGAAAUCACCUGGAAGACGACAGUCCUGUCAGUCUUUCUUAUUCCCUGGAUACUGGCUCCUGCAUUCAUGCAGUGAAGAGGCUUGAGAAAUCAUGAUUGCAUCAAGUUGGAAUUCAGGGGUAGGUGACACUACUUCUGAAGCACAACAAUGUCAAGACUAUGUUUAAUAGCUUCAUACUAAAAAAUAAAACACUGUCGUGAGAGGAACUUUGUGUAGUACCAAGUGCCUGUGCACCUGCAUUUCAUGUUUUGGCAUAGGAUUUGAGUUGGCAGUGUUUUCAAGCUGCUAGUGUAUGUCUCAUUGUUCUACAUUGAGAUCAGCUUUUGGAAUGAGCUCAGGAAAUUGACUCCUUACGCUGACUGGAAAGCUUCAUCCUCUGAGCUGGCCUCCUGCCUCAGAUGGAUAGGGCAAUACCUGUUCAGUGCCCACCUAUAAAUGGUGGGGAGAAUGAUGAUGACUCUGACCAGAACUGGAAACCACCAGAAAAUAACCUGAUCCAGAAGUUAAUAGCACAGAUUGAAUAUUACUUCUCAGAUGAGAACCUUGAGAAAGAUGCCUUCCUUCUAAAGCAUGUCAGAAGAAAUAAGAUGGGCUAUGUCAGCAUUAAACUCCUCACUUCUUUUAAGAAAGUGAAACACCUUACCCAUGACUGGAGAACCACAGCCUAUGCACUGAAGUACUCGGACACUCUUGAGCUCAAUGAUGAUAACAAAAAGGUUAGAAGAAAUACUCCAGUUCCAGUGUUUCCAAGCGAAAACCUCCCUACCAGAAUGUUACUGGUGUAUGAUAUCCACAUGGUUUCUGAGCUGCAGGCUCUUAAACAAGAAAACGGAUGCAUGCAAGAAAGGAUAAUGGAGUAUCUCCUCAAGGCCUUUGUAACUUUUGGUGUAAUUUCAUCAGUUCGUAUUCUCAAGCCUGGUAGGGACCUACCACCCGAUAUCAGGAGGGUCAGCAGUCAGUACACCCAGUUGGGAACUCAGGAGUGUGCAAUUAUAGAAUUUGAAGAAGUAGAUGCUGCUGUACGUGCUCAUGACUUUAUGUGUGCUGAAAAGAAAGAGACUGGCAUGAAAGUUGUCCUAAUAGGCAUGAAACCUCCAAAGAAAAAAGUUCCCAAAGACAAGAACCGUGGUGAAGGUACCAGCAAGGGUCUUAAGAAGGCUAGAUCCCUUAAUAAGAGAGUUGAGGAACUUCAGCUUGUUGGUGAUGAAUCUUCAGCAAACAGCUCUUCUGACCCAGAGAGUAAUCCUACAUCACCCCUGUCAGGACGCAAAAGUACUGCAACAAAUACUACACGUAAUUUGAGCCUGGUCAUUCACCCAAAUGACCAUUUGAGUCCUAAUGUGUCACCCAGAUCAAGUCCUUGGAACAGUCCAUCUUCAUUAAGAAAAGUAACCAAAAAGUCUCCUCUGGCUGAAGACCGCAAGCUUAACCCAAGCACUAGCCCUGAAAUUCCAAUGAAGUGUAUAGAUUAUUCCUCGGAUAGCAGUAUCACUCCUUCUGGUAGUCCCUGGGUACAGAGGAGAAAAGCUCAAACUCUAUCACAAGAGAAGAGUCCCGUCACUAGCCCCGUGCUGGUUCAGAAAAUACAAAAUGCAGAUGGUCUGCCUGUGGGGGUGCUGCGGCUGCCUAAAGGCCCUGAUGGCACUAAAGGAUUCCACAAAGGAUAUGAAAGAAGGAAGGCUCCACAGGAUGAGUAAAUUAUUCUUUAAAAACAAUGUUACAAGUCAGGCAACUGCUUUUGUUCAAGCCUGGUUAAGAAUUGUCAUUUGAGUGACAGAGUUAAGUCAAUAUUUAAAGAUUUUGUAUUCAUAUAGAGACUUUAUCAUUUGUAUAUUUGUAUAUUCACUUCGCAGAAUCCCAGAAUAGUUGAGGUUGGAAGGCAUCUCUGGAGAUGAAAUCCAGUCCACCUCCUUUGCUCAAGCAGGGUCCACAACAGGUCACUUAGGGUUUUGAAUAUCUGCAAAGAUAGAGACUCCCCAACUUGUUUGGGCAGUGUGUGCCUAUGUUUAACCAUUCACACAGUAAAAAAGUAUUCAAUUCAGGUGGAAUUUCCUGUGUUUCAGUUUGUGCCCCUUUUCCUGUUACUGGCUAUUGCUGAGAAGAGCCUAGCUCCGCCUUCUUCACUCCUUCCCAUGAGAUAUUAAGAAGAUUGAGAUCCACCCCCUGAGCCUUCUCCAGGUCUUUCACAGGAGAGACACACCAGUCUCAAUCAUCUUGCACACUUACCUAAUGCAGUGCCAAUACCUGCACUGCUACUUUACUACUUUUUUUUUAAUGUAUUAGUUAGAAAUUCCAAAAUAUUGAAACAGGCAUAUAAAUUAUUCAUGUAACUAGAUUGUUUGCAAAGCUAUAAUCCUGAAGAGCAGUGUGUAAAUACUUACAGUUGAGCGGUUGUAUUAUGAUAAGCUGUGGUAUAAUCGUAAGGAGUUAGAGGUUCUGAGGAGUUUGUGUUUGUCUCAGAAAGAACUCUGAGAAACUUACACUGCAGUAAGCAGUUGCUCCCUGCUUGCGUACAUUUCCAAAGACAGCAUUUUUUAGUAGGACCAAAGUGUGUAUUUUCAUGCGAUGGGAAUAGAGACUGAGCACUGGAGACUAUUCUCUAAGCGUUCUCUCACAUAAUCAGAUGGAAAUAAAUGAAAAUACUAACUUGGUCUAGAUCUAUUUUGUUUUCUUUAAAAAUAAGUUGAGCUGAACCUGAAUAGAUACUUAAACCUUAUCUUACACCAUUUGAAAUUCUAGAAAUAGUUACCUGAAAUUUCCACUUUGUUCGGGGGGGGGGGGGGGGGGAGAGGUGCUCUGCCAUUACUGAUGGUUACUCCAAUGGUGAUGCUUCACUCCAAGUGUAUGUCACAGUCCUUACUAAACAAUGGUUACAUCCCUAUUAACUGAAUUUAACAAGCAGGCUCAGCAAGAAGUACUUAAAUUAAAAUUUAAGCCGAAGAAGGAAUCUCUGUGGUUUACUUAUAACAUUAAACAUUAAAAAUCAAACUUACUUCUAUGUAACAGUUUGAAACUAAAAAUCUGAUCAGACACUAAUGAUGAGUCAAAAGUUUUACGCUUGGUAGAUAACAGAGGAUGAUCCCCUAGUAAAUAAAAAGGAUGUUGACAGUUUUUCUUCACUGAUAAACCAAAUACUAUCUAUUGAAGAGUUAUUAUAAGGCCAUAACCUAUAAAAAUAUUGUAAUACUUACUUUAUGAGAGAAUGCCAUCUCACUUGAGUAUAGGCCAACUUACCCUGAGAAUGAGAUACACAUACUGCAGCAUUCCAGAAAGCUGCGCAACCUGUCUUCAGAGAGCUUUUCAAUAAGGAACAAGAAUACGUUUACCAUAGUUACUAUUUUUGUAGAAGGAAAAUACAGACAAGCUUGAUCAAGCAGCAAGUGAUAAUGCGACUUCUUCAAAGAUAAUGUGAUCAGUGAAACUAUUUGGAAAGUAAUUUAAAGUACUGUUUACAGAUAGUUAGCAUAAGAUCUUACUCUGAGGUCAGACAAGAAUAUAUAAAAUCACAGUUCUGUUUCACAUAAUUUCCCCCCCAUCUCCAAAAGAAAUUAUUUCUGCUUGGAAAGCAUUCUGUGGCAACCUCAGGUCACCACACACACAUACCACCUUCUUUGCUAGCCUCCCCCUGCCUUCUUUUUUCCCUCCUUUUCAUUUCUUACUGCCACUUGGAGCCAGAACAACUACUUUAUGCUGACUGUAUUAAAAAAGACAAGAGCAGAAGUCAUGAGCAGCUUUGUAUCAUUGUAUUUAUAUUCAGUAUUCCUUGUAGAGCCCAGAACAUUUGCUUAAUUUAUCAAUAUAAAAAUAUUCUAGGUAUGAAAUACCUUCUGUCUGGAUACUUUCUACACCAGCUAGCGAUAUCUAGUAUUAGAUACUGCUGCAUGGGUGUCUUCAUAUAUAUUUUGAUAUCUCAGUAUCAAAAUACAGAUGCAGGUGCACAGAGACACACCUAGUGAACCCGUCCCUGCCUGAACCAAGCAGCACUGUCUGCUGUCAGAACAGGACAGAACAGAGGUGAUGCUGCCUGCAGACAGCAGGUCUGCUCCAGGAGCUCCCACUUGCUAAAUCCUGUAGCAGGUUACACAUGCUUCUCUUCUGCAGAUCUCAGAUACACACAGACACACUUGAAGCAGUGGUUUUGAACACCUGGGAGAUUAAAGCUGGGUUUAUAGCUUUUUUUUUUUUUUCCCAAGAAACAAACAGCAAAUGUAAAAAGCAUUUUAAGAAUUAGACCAUUUCUCCCAAGUAGCUCACAGUUUACCAAGGCAUUCAAGAUUCGUAACUUUGUCCAAAUACUGCCAGUGCUAAGUGCAUCAAUAGACACUGCCACAUCUGCUACACAAUCCACAGGAGCUUUCAGUCAUACAUGUACACCAAUAAAAACAGAUGCAAUAUUUUAUUCCUUUGGGACAAAUAUUUCAUUCUCCCUGAGUUUGUUUCUGUCUUAACAUUUAAUCAAUGGCUCAAAACUUUAGUUUAAAACCAAUACAAUACACAAAUAUACAAACCAUACAAACUGCUUGGCAUGAUGUUGCCAGCAGAGACAUUUUAAACCCUAGCAGCUGUGCCUUCAUUUUGCUCCAACUCCCAGAUGUCUGUAGUAUGAUGAUAUAUUUCAACUAAGAACUUUUUGAAAAUGCCCUAUCAACUGGACAGAAACAACGUGACAACACACUUGAAAUUUUAGUUACUGGUUGAGUAACUUCCCAACUACAGAACAUUGACUUCUGUUCCCACAAAGAAAGGACAUAUUCCUGUUGUCUUCAUUCUGCACAGGCACAGUUUAUGGGAUGGAUUUAUAAACCUGAAGUCUGAAUAAAGCCAGGAAUUUCAGUAAAAAAUGCUUAUUAUGUGAGCUAGUACACCCAAGCUGUUUAGAACAAUGUUUCGAUCAAUCAAACAGAGUUGGCUUCAGCCUAUCCCAUUGUUCCCUUAGCUUUGAUUUUACUACAUUUGAAGCAAAGAUAUAGUUGAUGGAGUCAUACGAAAUAUCCCACAUCUGCGAUCGAGUCAGAUUAAAUGUUUUUGCAACCAGCUCGUAUUCCUGCGAUAGAUCUGUUGCAAAGACACCUUUAUCAUCAGUCUGGAGUUAAAUGGAAAGAAAAGAAAAAGGUUGAAUUAAUUCCUCUACAUCAAAAAGGGGUUUUCCUAUACAUUACAAACCAGUUUAUCUUGCUGAUUCACAUUUUAUUCCACAGCUCUUUCAUCUGUUGGUAAUUAUUUCAUACUUUAUUUGCCCUAUUUCCACUCAAAGUUAAUGAAUUAUUGAAGCAUACAAGAAAACUUCUUAAAGUGAUAGCACAAUUUAUCAAGAGAAUAGGAAUUUGCUAUUAAAAUUGCUAGAAAGAUGGCUAUCAAAUGAUGCAUACAUUCAAGCCAUGUCAAUAUGUGCAGGUCUCCUUAUUCCUCUUUCCCCUUUCCUCAGAUCUGGGCACUAGAACAUACUCUGUAUUCCUGUAUCUUCAGGGGAGGAAUUCUCUCACCCUCUGCACUUGGUGUCAGCUAGCACAACUUCUUGAUACUGGCUAGCAUCAAAAACAUAGGAUCAAAAGCCACCUAAAGAUUAUUAAUCUAAAAGGAGCAAGUUUGGAUUAUUUUAGGGUUAAUGAGAUGAUCCAUUUGCAACUCAGAGUCUUUAUGUCCCCACAGAGGAGAAUGCUUACUAUAGCCUGUUAAGAUGCUGUAGUGUCUUCUAUUACUCUUGUUUGUAUAGGCCUUUAUGUGCCAAUAAAAGCAAGUCACGUUU